AUGUGCGCAAGGCGACGUCACGUGGUUACGGGCACAUUCAACUCGCCCGACCUGUUUGUGCUCGAGUACGACACGCUUGCGCAGACGCUCUCGAUCCUGCACCAGAUCCGCGCCGAGGGUCCGCACCAGUACCUCGCGUACGGCGAGUCUUCGUCCGGUGGCACGGUGUAUGCGACCACCUGGGGGUCUCCCUCGACGCUGUCUGCGUGGCACGUCACCGACGACUAUGGAUUGAGCUUUGGUAAUCAUGUCCCCAUCACGGCGACGGGGAGCUAUGUGCAUGUACAGCCUCCGCCGUACGCGAGUCUGACAUCGCCAUCGUUCGGGUCGACGCCCGGACUCGCGCGCUGGCUCGGCUCGGCAGGUGGUCCCACGGGCGAACUGCACAGACUCGACCCCGAAACGGGUCGGAUUGGCGACAAGGUGCACGAGCUCGUCUUCCUCCCCGGCGGUGCAGCAGACCUGGAGAAGGCAGACAAGAGCAGGAAGGCGUUGCGCUACGGUGCGCACUCGUUCGACUGCUCGAGCACGGCUGCGGAUCAGGUGGCGUUUGUGGCUGAUCUGGGCGCCAACGCUGUACAGGCCUACAGCUUCCCGGAUCUCGAGCAUCUGUAUACGGUACCGAGUGCGGAAGACGGCGAUGGACCACGUCAUUCCAUCCCGCACCCGCAUCUUCCUCUGCUGUUCACAGUGACGGAGCAUACGAACUUUGUCGAUGUCUACCGGUUGCCCAGUGCGCGGGGGCAACAGCCCGUGCACAUUGCACGUGCCGACAUGCUGACGCCAUCCCAGGCGGCGCAUCGACACGACUUCCGCGGUGACACGCUGCGGUUCAGCUCGGAUCUGCGCUUCCUGUUCGCCACCACGCGCGGCAUGACUCCCGCCACCAAGGGCCUGCUCGUAGCCUACCGCCUCGAUGUCUCCGAUCUGGACGUGAAGCUCACACUCGUGCAGCGGUUCGAGACGCGCACGAGCGGAGGCAAGGCCAACGCGAUCGAGCUCGCCCCCACCCCAACCGAGCACGACCUGCUCAUCCUCACCGACGACGAACUCGGCUUCAUGGACAUCCUCACCUUCGACCCGACCUCGGCCACCUUUGACGUCAAAGCCACCGCUCAACUCCCGCCCCUCGAUGAUGGCAAGCCCCAGGGCGCAAGUCAUGCAAUCUGGCUUCCCUAA